AUGCACUCCCUCGGCAAAACGGCCGUUCUAGUACUCGCCGCUGCGGCUACUAGUCAUGGUCUCAAGGCUACCAUUCUGGCAGACACAAACCGAGAAUGCCGCGAUGCGUCCGAUGACAUUCUACGCAACCCAAAGUACCUCGCUCCGCUUCGCACCGUGCCCAUCAACAACUUGACCAGCUCUGUUACGGGUACUAUUACCAUCUCUGCCAAAUAUGCCCUUGAGAAGGUCCGAGUCUUCCACAAGAACAAUGAUAAAUGGACCUAUAUGGAUAGCAGUCAUGAGUUCCGGGGGGGCGCCUUGGGAACUGGUCUGGAACUGGGAAUCGAUGCCCGAGAUGUCCGCCGACCCAACGAUUGCCCUUCGCGUGGCACCAAUUUUGACACACAAUCAUCUCGAAGCUCCGGACCAAGUUUCACGGUUGCCGGCAUGGGCCGCCCGGAGCAGGCGCAGUUUGCGGCCUUGAUUGCGAAUUAUACGGCCCAGGCUGGAAUCAAGAAGCCCGUUUACAUGUUUCGGGAGCGGGACGUCUGGACCCAGGAUUACUUUGAGCCGCGCUACGCCAGCAUGCCCGGCCCCGAAGGCCCCGUGUACCUGCGACUCUUCAAUACUUCCCCUCCGGGAACCCCUGAGUCGCCUGCGACCAUUGACUCCAUGGGAAACCUCGAGACCAUCCCGCCGUGUUCGUGCGGCGGCAAGAAUUACCCUGCUGGUAGAGCAGUCAUGGGGCGACACAACAGCAAAACACCGACAAUGCUGUCCUUCCUCAAGGCUCAGGAAGCCCAGCACCCCAUCGACGACCUUGACCACGACCGGCUUUCAGUCGGACAUGCCGAUGAAUACAUGCAGUUCCUCUCUGCCAACAAUUCGCGAGGGCUUCAACUGCACAGACGCGCCACCCAGGGCACCGGAGGAAAGACAACCGCCAGGACUCAGACAAAGGACAUCAUCGAGGCAGCUGAGGAGGGCAGCCAUCUACAUAGUCGCGACGAGGAGACUCGGCGCAUGCUGGCGCUGCAUCCCGCGACUAUUAACGGCGUCGUCUACGACAACCGCCAAUACAUGGCACCUAACCCGUGGGGGCCGAUUAUCGGAGGAAAGGAUAUCCUGGCCGAGGCUCUUAGUGAAGCCUACGCCAAGGCCGGCUUCCAGGUAACUUUCAUGGACGGUUGGUUUGACCAUCAUGUUUUGAACGGUGAAACUCACUGCGGCUCUAAUGUGGAUCGUGACGCUUCUCAAAAAUGGUGGUAG